AAGCCAAGUUUUGAUUCUAUGGAAGAAAUACUCUAGUUUCUCUAGUUUUGUUUGAAAUACCGCGAUUUCGUGCUGUUUUUUUGUACGAAUGGACUCGGAAUAUUUGAAAAGACAUGUAGGAAAAGCUUUGGCAGAAGGCCUGGCAGAAGUUUGCCUGAAAAGACCGGUAGAUCCCGUGGAGUAUUUAGCUUUUUGGCUGAGAAAAUACGUUGAAAAUGAAGCUUACAAUAUAUGUCAAGGUACUAACCAAAAGGAGGAAGCAAUUCAGCUGGAAAAGGAGCAGAAAAUUGCAGACGAGGAGGAAUUGUAUCGAGCUCGUAUGAAAGAAGAAGCUGAAUUUCUUGCAAAGCAAGAGGCAUAUGCAAGAGCGGCAGCUGAACCAAUUAUUAUUGACAAUACACCACGACCCAUGCCACCAGAGCUUAAUCAAACAUUAGAAACAGUUUCAGAACGAGAAGAAGAGGAACCAGACACAACAGGCAAUGUGGAACAAAAUGUUGCAGACGGUGAAGAAACAGAGAACCAGCCAGGUACAGAACAACCACAACCAGAAGUCUCGCUUACUCGGAUACCUGAGGAGGGUGAAGCAGUGGCGGAUGCUACAGAUGAGGUGCAUGAUGGGAUAGAAAAUGUACAAGAUGGGAUAGAUGAGGUGCGUGAAGGGACAGAUGAGGUGCGUGAAGGGACAGAUGAACAGCCUGAUGACAUGGAGGAUGUUCCUGAUGACAAUAUAGAUGAACCUGAUGAUCAGGCUUAAAAAAUAUUUGUUUAAUUAUCUUAAAAUACAUAUUGUACAGAAACACUCUUGUUUGUUCAUAUUUUGUUCAAACAUUUUGGGAUAUAUUGUCAGUGAUUAGUUCACUACUGGACAUUGAUUCAAAAUUUCAUUUGUCAAUUAUCACCAACAAUAGUCAUGAUUGUGUAUGAACACAAUUAAGGCUUUCAUGACAAGUCUGUGUUGGUCUGUGGAAGCCAGGUUCAGGUGUUUUCAUUACCUAUGUUUCAUGGACGUUUUCACUCCUAAUUCAAUGGUAUUUAACAAAAGCAUUGAUUGAACACGAGGAUUAGGAGUGCACAAAUCAUUCCACCAACUAAUUUUGUCAUAACAUGCAUUUACAUAGAAAAGACCAACGAAAGUCAGUUGUAGCUUCGUAAUUCACCCAGUUCAAUGAAAAACGAAAUCUAUUGCUGAUGUUAAUAUUCUUAAUAAAUACGUUUAUCUCAACUGACUAUUUUUGUCAGCAAACGGACAAUAAACUUAAAUGUGAGAUGUGAUAUUGUUUUUCAUCC